GCCGGAUUGACCUCCACUCGACUGUCCGGGUAUAAAAGAUGGAGAACCUGCUGUUAUCAGCCAUCGUCGUCAGCACUGCGGUCGGAUCGGCGAUCGGCCUCCUUCCUUCGCACAACAAGUUCUCCCAGGCCCGGCGACAGGUGCCCGACGCUUUCCUCGGACCACAGCAAGAAGCCAAGUACUACGAGGUCCGGAGAGAGAGGGUGAUCCGGAUGUCCGACCACCAGAGCUUCCUGCGGGACGAGGUUCGAUACCCGGGGAAGGGGAACUGCGAGCUCCCCACCGAGCAGAUGUGCUGCUACAGGCUUCAGCCGGUCGGACCACCCACCGAAAACGCUGCAGGUACAGUGACCGCCGCUUAUUAA